CUGACAGUCAAAACUCAGAUCAAGAUACUCAUGAACCAAAUCACUCAUGCUGUGAUCAUACUGGUUGACAGCAGAUGCAUGAGCAGCUUGAUCAACUAUGCUUUUAUUGCCAAGCACCAAAUCCCCACAAGAGCCACUGCAGUCUCCAUUCUGGUCUACAAUGCCAAUGGGACCAAGAAUCAAGCUGGCUCGAUAACAGAAUCAAUCACUGAAUAUGUAGAGCUUAGACUCACUAUUGGUGAUCACUCUGAAUGGAUUGACCUGACAGUGACCAAUCUAGGAACCAAGAAAAUAUUUCUUAGUCAUGAUUGA